UCCAACUCCAUUGAUUUUGUUUUAAUAAUGACGCCAACGUAGAAGCAGAGUUUAACGCCGCUUCUCUCAGAUUCAGAUUGCCAUGAUUCCGCUGAUCAUUCUCAGAUUCACGGCAACAGAUCUUCCGAUUCUUUGUUCUACACGCAAAUCAUAGACAAGCUGUUUAUGAACAUUUUGUGGAGCAGAGUUUGCGUUUGCUAUGACGCUUAUGCAUGUUGCAUGUUGCCAAACAUGAUAUUAUAUUUUGAGUGGAAGAAUACAUGGAGGAGACAACGGACGAUACUAGACUGGUGGAAGGAUCAGUUCAUAAUGCCCAGUGGUGGCCGUCAGGUCUUAUUGAUAAACUGCGAGUAAUUUCUCUGGCUUCUCCAGAUGAAACCUCAAGUUCUAAAUCAAAAUGUCAGCUUGACUGUGGGAGCCCAGCCCUUCAUUUAGCAUCACAGAUUUUGUGGGACACUGGGAAGCUAGCAGAACCAAUUCCGGAUGGUUUCUACUUCGUCUAUCCAGAAAGAAGAUUCAAGGAGCUUUUUGAUACUAUUCCCUCCAUAGAUGAGCUCCAGGCUUUGGAUGCUGAUGGGCUCAGGCCCAAUGUUAUUCUUGUUGAUGCACGUAAAGAUAAGAAGCUUUCUAUGUUAAAGCAGCUAGCUGUCACAUUGGUGAGGGGACUCAAUCCAAAUCCUGCCGCCAUAAUCAAGAAGUUAGCUGGAUUGGUCUGUGAUUUCUUCAAAAGACCCAAAUUGGAACCCGACCAUGUGAGGGGCGCACUUGAAGCGGUCUCUCAUGCAUUGGACAGUCAAGGUAUCCAUAUGCUGGGCCAUGUAAAGCAUGGAUCUUGCCAUUCCAAAGCUAUCUUAUUCAAAGUUCUUGCUGACACUGUUGGCCUGGAAUGUAUGCUUAUGGUGGGUUUAGAUAGAGAAGGGGUAAUACAGCGAUCAGACGCGUAUAGGCACAUGUCUGCCAUAGUUGUUUUAAAUUCUAUUGAAUAUUUGGUUGAUCUUGCACGUAGCCCUGGGAAAUUGGUGCCAUGCUCAGCUAAGGCAGUCCUUCUCUCUCAUCUCUCUGCUGGUGAGAGUGAUUCUGCUGAAAAUGAUUCAUAUGAUUCACCUAUUGAACCAAAUAGUCCAGUGCGUGCAUUUUCAGAUCAAACAGAAGUUGAAGGAUUAUCCCACAGUGAACCAAAUGUAGCAAAUUCCUUUUGGAGGCGUAGUCGAAAGAAAACAAUAGCUGAACAAAGGACUGCAAGUUCAAGAUGCGAUUCUGCAUGGGAAUGUCUUACAUGGUCAUCAAAGUUUGAAUUCAGGGCUGUUCGUGAGAUGAGUGAAACACUCAAACGAAAUCGUCAUCCAGAGGAACAAGUAGCUUCGUCUUAUAGUUGUUCCGCGAGUGAACAAGAAGACUACUCAGACCGAGGAAGUGUGUCAAGGUUCAAUCCGGACGCACAUGAUGGGUUAUAUGGUCAAAAGCCUUUGGCAUGUAAACUUCCCCUGAAUCUGAAACAAUUACACUCUCACAAGGCAGUCUCUAUGCCUUCUUCUCCUCAGAGGUUUUCCAGGAAAGCUUCUCUUAUGAGUGACACACCAGAAAAUUUUGCGAAUCCUGAUAUGAUGUCAACAUUCAGUAAAGUGCUUGAAUCGUCAAAGUUCCUGAACCAGCCACUGCUACCCUUUGAAGAAUGGAAUAUUGAUUUUUCUGAGAUAACUAUCGGAGCUCGUGUAGGAAUUGGAUUCUUUGGUGAAGUUUUUCGUGGCACGUGGAAUGGGUUAGAGGUUGCUAUUAAAGUAUUUCUUGAGCAAGAUCCGACUGCUGAGAAUAUUGAAGACUUCUGCAAUGAGAUAUCUAUCUUGAGCCGGAUUCGCCACCCAAAUGUUAUAUUAUUCCUUGGUGCGUGCACAACACCUCCGCGCCUGUCCCUAGUUACUGAAUUUAUGGAAAUGAGUUCACUGUAUUACUUAAUCCAUGCAAGUGCGCUGAAAAAGAAGCUGAGCUGGCAAAGGAGACUCAAAAUGCUUGUUGAUAUAUGCAGGGGAUUAUCAAGCAUCCAUCGAAUGAACGUGGUACACCGUGAUCUGAAAAGUGCGAACUGCCUCGUGAACAAGCAUUGGGUGGUGAAGAUAUGCGAUUUUGGACUUUCGCGGAAACUGAUCACCACGCCGAUGAAAGACUCUUCCUCAGCUGGAACGCCAGAAUGGAUGGCACCAGAACUUAUUCGCAACGAGCCCUUCACAGAGAAAUGCGACAUCUUCAGCCUGGGCGUCAUAAUGUGGGAGCUCUGCACACUCAAAAGACCAUGGGAAGGCAUACCAUCUGUACAGGUAGUUUAUGCCGUCGGCAACGACAGGCAGACGCUUGAAAUCCCAGAAGGCCCUCUGGGCAAGCUCAUAGCAGAUUGCUGGGCUGAACCAGAUGAACGACCAAACUGUCACGAGAUCCUCUCGCGCCUACAAGAAUGCGAGCUCUUAUUGUGCUAAUAUAUACAACUCUCUAUUCAUUUAUUUCGAUUGAUACAUUACUGCGCCUUUCCUCUGCAACAAUUGCACAUACAAGGUAUGGAUGGGCAUUGCUGAUAGUGAGAAUUACAAAUAUGGGCCGAUAAUUGGAAAAUGUGGGGUAAAUUAGCAUUCUUUUGUAGUGCUAAUCGUCACUGGAAUGUCAAUUUUCUUGACAGAAUGUAGACUAUGAUCUGAUACAAUUGUAUGGAAUGAAACUAAGCAAAAUGUUUGCAUAACAACACUUUUUGAGAAACUUGCUGAACUUACAGUUGCUUCUUUUUAUAUAAAGCAGUAGAGACA